GAUGGCGGUUGAUUUGACUCCUCGGUUUAGAAGGUUGAACAGCCAAACUAGAAGUUUUCGUGAAAAUAUUCAGCCUGAUUUUUCUAGACCCUUUGGUGCUACUCAGCUGUGGCACAACAUCAUCCAGGCCUUGCAAACCCAGGUGGAGGUGCGCCGCUAUAGAAGGCACCUACGAGUUCAUGCUGAAUGUUUCACCGGCUCAGAUGCUGUGGAUGCUGUCCUCAGUUACCUGAUGCAGAAUGUGGUGUUUUGCACAAGUGAAGUGUCUCGCCUCAAAGCUGCCAGGCUCUGCCAGGCCCUGAUGGAGGCCAAGGUUUUCGAACCAGUGGGUACGAAGCUGUUUCGCAGAGACAAGGAAGCAGCCUUUGAGGACAGCAGCUGCAGCCUUUACCGUUUUCUGGAGUACAAAGUGCAACCUGCUUUUGCAGUCAAGGAGUGCAAUAGUGACACAGAAAAUGUGGCACCAGAGGAACAUGGGCUGAAGAGGAAAAAGAGCACCAGGCUAAAAGAACUGAGGACAAUCUCCAACCCACUUGCUGUUGGACCAUCAGACCGUAGAGUAGAGAGGCUGCUGAGGACCAUCAACCUGCCACCCUCCUUGUCUCAAUCACUAAAUGCAACCUCAUCAACUUCUACAUUCCUAUCCAAAGCUGUGGUGGAUGAAGUUUGGAAGCAGCAAACACUGCUACAGCUGCUGCAGGUGGUAGAUCUGCCCAUGUUGGACUGCAUCCUGACCUCUCCUGCAAGGAUUCAGCUCCAGGCUCGCAGAGCUCCUCUUGCCACCCAGGACCUGGUUUUCUCUAACACAUGCCUGGAGAGAGAGCUGCCUGACACACUUAAUCUGCCCCAGUUGGAUGGGUGGCUGUCAGCAGCAGCAGAUUGCUUGGAGCUCUUUCCUGACCAGCUGAUUGUGGUAGCAGGAGAGCAGCUCAGCCAUCAAGGUGGUGGUGCCAUCUCAGAGGAUGACCAAGCAGAGCAGAUGGACAGCCAAAAGAGACUUCUCUUUGACACCAUUGCUAAGUACUACAAUGGACAGGAAAAGGCUCCACUUCUCUCAGGAAAUCAUUUGGACAUACACGCUGCAAUCCUGAACUUGCUUGAAAAAGGAAAAGGGCAGGAUGCCAUCAAAGCAUCUCAGUUGUGUUUCCGACUGCUGGACCCAAGCGUGAGAGAUGAACUCAGGAGACUGCUCACCUUUAUGGCCACAGCUACCCACCUAGAUGCUUGCCGACUUCAGAAACAAAUGGAUAACAGGGCCUUGGUAUGCCGCACUUUCCAGAGAGCAGUCGUCCAGAAUCCUGACCUGACUCGAUCCCAAAGUGAAACUUUAAUGCUGUUUCUUAUGGACAAUCACACUCAGAUCUUCAAGACUCCCACAUCUCUGAUUGAAGCUGUGAGAGGAACACUGAGGACGAUGCAGCAGGGAAAAGAUCCUGAUUCAAUUGCAACAUUCACGUUCUGCCAGCAGGUGACGCCACAUGAAUACGAGGACCAGAGAGAGGCAACCACCCUGGAGAGCCUCAAACAGCUUCUACGAGACAUUUCCUCCAACACGAGCAUACCGGUGAAGGAGAGGAGGAGGCUGCUCAAAGAGUUUGAAAAACAUCAUCCUGUGGUCUUCCUCCAGCAUUUCUCCAGCAUCUUAUGAGGCACACAAAUGAAGGAUUAUCUGGAUUUAUAGGUGCACUUGUUGAAGCCAGUACAGAGCGGUACAGCGGUGAUGAUAAUGAUAAUUUAAUGAGACAUCAUAGUUUUAAUCAAACCUGAUGCUUUUAGAAUUUGGUAUACUUUAAAACAGCUGUAUGGCUACAGCCUUUAUCCCAGCAAAUGUUUAAGGAGCAGGGCUGACAAUUUAGGAUGACUUUUAAUGCAAAUUUUCCAUUAUAAUCAAAACCACGGUGCAGAUGCAGCCCAUAAGUAUAGCUGUAGCAUCCACAGGCUUGUAGAAGAUGGAUUUUGAUUGUGUAUUUUUAAGAUUUUGGCUUCUCUUCUCCUAGACAGUACAAUUUAAUGAAUCAUUUGACGAUUAGUGUUUUUUUUUUGUUCAAACCACAGGUGUAGUUAUAAAUGUAAGUGGUUUUGCACCUUGAAUAAGUAAUGAAACAUCAGCUUAUUUAUGAUCUAAAGUGCCUAAACACAAGGGUCACUGAACUGCAGAAGCUUCAGAUGCUGGCAUUGGUUUGUUUUAAUGUAAAGUAAGGUACAUUUUUAACACUAAUUUCAAUAACGAUAAGGAUAUUUUUUAAAUGGAGCAUAGAUUGUACUGCUGUUAUGAAAGAAUUGAGUAUAAAUUAAAAAAGGGACUCUUAUAAAAGCCAUUAAGCAAGCUAUUAGUCAAUCAAGUGAACAGCUUUAUGACUAAUUCUGCUUUUUACAUGUAUGUAUUGUGAUAAUGCCAAAAUGUGAGGCUCAGUAGUUAUAAAAGCAUCAUGUUUAUGUUUAAAGUCAUGUUUGAAGUGGAGCGUGGGUUUGCAGAAACACUGCUGUGCACUUGAUCAAGCAUUUAAAUUCCUACAAAUGAAGAAUAACUAUUAUAGAAGCUUUUUAUUUUCUGUUUUAAUGUUGUAUAUGUUUUUGGUUAAGGGAAAUCCUGGUAAACAACACUAAUGUAGCAGGACUUUUAACACUUUAUAACCCAUUUUGUUAGCAAUGGAGACGACUUCUCAGCUAAGAUUUUUAAGUAGUACUAAUAUGAAGUGAAGCAGAGAAGGUUCAGGUUUAGCUCAGGUAAAUGUAGCUUUAAUAUUUUAUUUUGGUGGUUGAAGUUUGCUUCUAGUGCCUACUUAAUGGUAUGUUUUCUUCUGUUUUUGGUUUAACUUGAAAGGUCAAUAUAGAGACAUAAUUUUAAUGAAGACUAUUAAUUGUAUUUGUUUUUAAUGAUGCCUCAAUCAUUUUUUUUAGUUCAACAGAAUUAAUUAUUUACAGUCAAAUCUCUUGAGGUAAGCAUCUUUUGUUCUUUACAUACACUGGACCAAUGUAAGGAUGCACUUUAGGAUGCUGACACAUCCUUUAUUUCUCUACUGGAAUAACAUCUAAUUAAAAAGUUAUCUCAA